CCAUGAAGUUAAGUUGACGAGGAGAGAAUGUUCAGUCGAGAGUUGAAGUGUUAGUUUGGACAGACUGUCCCUCUUGAAUAUUUAGCGUUACAACAGCCACUGAUUUAGUUCACGAAUUCUCCGUGGAAACAGCCCAACGAUUACCUUCCAUGUGAGAUGUUUUUAUUUUUCUUGUGCCUCGCUUUCUGCUUGGAGGUAACCAGUCCGAAACCAUGGAAGAUAGCUGUUAACGAAAACGAUAACCCUGAUGGCCUAAAAAAAAACACGAUUUUAGAUCAGAUCGAAGAAGCAAACGAAGAGGACCACGUUGAUAAGAAAGUCAAAAACAUUUUCGAGGCUGACAUAGAGCUGACUAAAAGUGACAGAGCGGGCGUGGACACCAAGAAUCAGAACUCUAAAGAUAAUGCAGAUGUUGAUGUAGACAGUGUGCUUACCAAGCGCAAGGCCAUCAGUUCCCGGCGACAUCUAUGGGUGACUAAGGAGGUACCUCUUGAGCUAGCGGUAUCGGCAAAAGAUGGUUAUAACAAUAUUAGGGCGGCCCUAGGCGAAAUUCAGUCAAAAUCGUGCAUUCGAUUCAGGAUGAGGGACAAAGAUGACGAUAACUGGAUACGUUUUGUUAAUAAAAGCGGUUGCUUUUCACCAGUUGGCCGUCAAUAUGCCUCACCCGGAGCGCAGGAGCUGUCCAUCGGUAUAGGAUGUAACCAUAAGGGGAUUAUUAUGCACGAGUUGCUGCACGCGCUUGGCUUCUGGCACGAACAGUCCAGGUCAGACAGAGAUGACUUUCUUGAAGUGCUCUGGGAGAACAUCCAGAAGGGGCAAGAACAUAAUUUUAACCGCUACAAACCAAAGGAUAUGGAUUUCUAUGGUGGCUCUUACGACUUUUCGAGUAUUAUGCAUUAUGGGAACUUCGCGUUUUCCAAAAACAAGAGACCAACCAUGUUGUCUGUAAAGGAUCCGACACUACAGUUCGGUCAAAUCGCUGAACUGAGCCCAACAGAUGUAAUACAACUUAACAAUGUAUACGACUGUAAAUCCGACAAAAGUCGUGGUUGGAGUAACUGGGGUAACUGGGGACCCUGUGACAAGAAGUGCACAAGGGAGAGAGAAAGAUUCUGCUCAGCAAAGAAACUGGAAAAGUGUCCGGGAGCAACAAAGAGAUACAGAAUUCAAUUGCAAAAGGGAAAGUGCCCUUUCAAGGAAUGCUAUGCUCCAAUCCAAGGCCACUGGGGCAGGUGGGGUCCUUGGAGUCAAUGCUCUCGGACAUGUGGCCAGGGUUAUAGUAGAAGGUCCCGGCAGUGCGAUGACCCGAAACCUAUGUAUGGUGGAAAGUAUUGCAAAGGAAAUCUCGUCGAAAUUCGCCCCUGUCAGUUAAAGAAGACAUGUGGGUGGUAAUGGAAAAGAACCCGGUAGUUUCCAAGCAGAGAAAUGACCAAUGGCUGAUGUUUAAUCAAUUGAGUGCCAUUUAAGGAAAAAUCAACCAUGACAGUUAUCGUGGUACUGUGGAUUGAAUAAGACAGACACACAAAGUUUUAUCUAACCUAUCCACCAGUCUUGGAAGAAGUAGACUCCUUUUAGUUAUUAUACCAACGACAGCUUGUUACCUAGGGUGCAAUCAGCCACCACAAAAGAGCCCUUUUCAGAAAUGGUCCGAGAAGAUUACAAAUGUAGCACAACAGACUCGAAUGAUUUAAGUAAGCAUUUUCUCAGGAUGGACAAACCGCGAUGAGGUUGCUAUAAGAUAAAGAGCUUA